AUUCGCUUCCCCUCCCAGAAUAGCAACCGUCAUACACGAACACGAGCAAGGAGCAACUCGCCUCCGCCGCCCAGCCGAUCGCCAUGGAGAAGACGAAGCAUCAGCGGGAGAUGGCGCUCCUCCAAGCCGCCUUCGAUGGCAACCUCGGCCUCAUCAAAAAGAUGGCGCGGGGGCUGGAUGGUUCCGGGCGCGGCGAGGCGGCCGUCGUGGCGGCGGCGGUGCAGAGCUCCACCGGGAACGGCGUGCUGCACUUGGCGGCCAUGGAGGGGCGGGUCGACGUCUGCCGGUACCUCGUCCAGGACCUCUGCCUCGACAUCAACCAACGGAACAACACAGGCAACACCCCACUGUUCCUAUCUGCCUUUUUUGGGAGAGCUGCUGCUGCAAGGUAUCUUCUUGAUCAUGGUGCUGAUGUGACGUUGACUGGUAAUGCCGGGUCACCUCUCCAUGCCGCUGCAGGGAAAGGACAAUGUGAAGUUCUAGAACUUCUGCUCUCAAGAGGAAUCAACGUGGAUUUAAAUGCUAGGUGUGGGACACCGUUGCAUACGGCUUGCACUCAUGGUCGACGGGGCACAAUGAAGAUUUUGUUGGACAGCCAUGCAGAUCCUAAUAAGGUUUUGAACCUUGAUGACACCCCAUUGGAGAUGGUCAUAAGAUGUUUUAAUCCUACUGACAAACUGGAAUGCGUGAAGCUACUCAUUAAGGCUGGUGCUGAUGUGAAUUUUAUUGGCUCCAAUGGUGCUACUUACGUGAUGACAGCAGUUGAUCUUGGCUUACCUGGUAUUUUGAAGUCCUUACUAGACACUGGCACUAAUCCCAAUAUUUCAGAUGAUUUCGGUAGAACUCCAAUUGAAGUUGCCGCUCUUCGAGGCAGGGAAUUUGUUGAAAUGUUAUUUCCUUUAACUUUUCCUAUUUCAACAUUUCCGGAUUGGAGUAUUGAUGGAAUCAUUUCUCAUGUGAAAUCUUGUGGUUUGAAGCCGAGGGCAAUGCAAGUUGGCAGUAUGGAAGAUGAUGAUAAUGCAACCCUGCUAGCAAAUAGGAGUCUCUGCAUGUUACGCUUGGGAAGUGGAAAUCUUGCUCUCUCCGACGCUAAUAUGUGCAGAAUGUUUCGACCUCGUUGGCCCAAAGCCUGUUACAGACAAGGGGCAGCUUUUAUGCUUCUGAAGGACUACAGCAAUGCACACAAGGCUUAUGCAGAUGGUUUGAAGCUGGAACCUACAAAUGUUGAUCUUCAGAGAGGUUCAAGGGAAGCCUUGGAGGCAAUGGAGAAUGCUCGACGCGCUGAAGAGUAGCAUGACCUAGCUUAUACGCUGUCAGAUCUGUUUUGCUGGUACGCUGUCAGAUCUGUUUUGCUGGUAGCUCCGGGAUACUUCAUUUAUCCUUCUUUUGUUUCGUGUUAAGCUUCGGCUAGGUUCUAAGAUAGAAAGUGUUCAGAUUCCGCAAGAAUGCAGAUCUCUUCUGAUUUUGGAAACCUUUUUAUUAUCAUUUUCUAAUACCACCCUGCAUCCAUCCUUGCUGUUCA